AUGUCUAAUUUGGGAGAUAAUUCAUGUUCCCCAACACCUCAUACUUCUACCUCACAUCAAUCACCAAUUCAGCAAGCUCUCAUUCCAACAUCUGAUGAAAAUACAACUCCAUCACUAAGUGUGACUAACGAUGGUACUGAAGUUGAUGAUAGUGGGUAUAACUCAAAGAGGUGCAGCAAGCGAUUUCAAAUGGAUAUUCGUCAACAAGUGCUGCUAGCAAAUCAAAGAAAGGCAGAUGGAAAAGUAACACUAAAAAACUUUUCCUUUGAUCAAAAUGUCACAAAGAGGGAGCUUGCCAACAUGAUAAUCAUGCACGAAUAUCCCUUAUCAAUGGUUGAUCAUGCAAAAACAAUAUCCAAAUUAGAAGCUAAUGAAGGGAGAUUUGCUAUUACCACUGAUAUGUGGACUGCUGAUCACCAAAAAAGAGGAUACAUGGCUGUCACUGCUCAUUACAUCGAUAAUCAAUGGAACUUACAAAAACGCAUCAUCAGGUUUGAAUAUGUGCCAACUCCACAUACGAAAGAGGUCAUUGCUUCAAGUUUGAUGAAAUGUUUCUUAGAUUGGAAUAUUGAUAGAAAACUUUCAUCUAUUACAGUGGAUAAUUGUAGUGUGAAUGAUGGUGUUAUUGAGUUGUUAAUUGAUAGAAUUGGUUGUGAUGCACUUUUGCUUAAUGGGAAUUUUUUUCAUAUGCGUUGUUGUGCACACAUCUUGCAUUUGAUUGUGAAAGACGGAUUGAGUAUGAUUGGAGAUGGAAUUGAAAGAAUUCGUGAUAGUGUCCUUUUUUGGGGUGCUACACCAAAGAGGUGGGAAAAAUUUGAAGAGGCAGCACGUCAAUUACGUAUUCCAACUUUAAAAAAGUUGUGUGUUGAUGUCAAAACACGAUGGAACUCUACUUACUUGAUGCUUCGAACAGCUUUGUUUUAUAAAGAUGUUUUUCCUCGUUGUGUGCAAUUACAUGGUGAUCCUUUAUAUAAAUAUUUGCCAACUGAAAAUGAUUGGAUCAUUGCAACUGAGGUUUGUGAGAAGUUGAAAUUAUUUUAUGAUAUCACUGAAGGGUUUUCUGGCACAAAAUAUGCUACUGCAAAUCUCUAUUUUCCUAAUAUUUGCAAAAUCAGAUUGGCAUUGAAUGAAUGGAUUAUGCAUUCCAAUAGAAUUAUUUCAUGUAUGGCUGUGAGUAUGUUGGGCAAAUUUGAAAAAUAUUGGAAUGAUGUGCAUAGUAUAAUGGGUGUUGCCACAAUUUUAGAUCCAAGAGAUAUUUAUGCCAUACCAAUUUCUACUGUUGCUUCAGAGUCUACUUUUAGUACUGGAGGGAGGUUGGUGAGUGCACAACGCAAUAGACUUCAUCCAUCAACUAUAGAAGCUUUAACAUGUUGUCAAAAUUGGUUAUGGGCUGAAAAAGAAGGGUCAAUUUCAUUAGAAGAAAAGUCUUUCUAUGAAGAUAUUGAUGAGAGUGAGAUUGAGGAAAAAAUAACUAGUUUGAGAAGGUGUUCUUUAGAAGAUUGGAUAGAAAAACUUUUAUCAGAUAUUAAUAUUUGCAGAAGUGCCUUAGUGACAACAUUUUUUGAGUUGAAAGCUGUUGUGAUUGAGCUGGAAGCUGUUGUGUUUGAAUUGGAAGCUGUUGUGUUUGAACUGAAAGCUGUUUUGUUUGAAUUGAAAGCUGUUAUGUUUGAAUUGGAAGCUGUUGUUGUGUUUGAACUGGAAAACUGGAAGCUGAUCUUGCUUAGCACUUUACUGCUUGUAAGCAUUAGCUUGCUGGCACGCCUGUUUAAUUCUCUGAUAUUGAAGCCACAAAGGAUUGGGUCCAAGUUUCAAAAGCAAGGAAUCAACGGUCCUCCGCCAUCCUUCUUGCUCGGAAAUAUUUCUGAAUUAAUGAAAAUAAAUCGUAAGAGGUCGAUGAAAUUGGUUGACGAUGGAGAACGAGAGAUAAACCACAAUUAUUCUUCUGCUCUGUUUCCAUUCUACAAUCAAUGGAGAGAACAAUAUGGUUCAACAUUUAAUUUUUCAGUUGCCAACAUGCAGAUUUUGCUCACAAACAACCCUGAUGUGGUGAAGGAAAUAAGCAUACGUACUUCAUUCGACUUAGAAAGGUCUUCCCUUCAACAUAUAUGGCUUGAUCCUCUGCUUGGCCAAGGCAUUGUAAAUUCAACUGGUCAAAUAUGGGCACAUCAAAGAAAAAUCAUUGCUCCUCAAUUUUACUUGGACAACGUUAAGGGAAUGAUGAAACUAAUGGUGGAUUCUGCCCUUACACUGGUAAACACAUGGAUUAGUAAGAUCGAAAGUGAAGGUGGAAUCUCAGACAUACAGGUUGAUGGUUAUAUGAGAAGCUUCUCUGCAGAUGUCAUCUCAGGAGCAUGUUUUGGAAGCAAUUAUUAUGAAGGAAUAGAGAUUUUCUCAAAGAUUACAGCCCUCGAAGAAACCUUGUCUAAGAACAUCUUUUUAAAUGGAAUUCCCAAAAUAAGAUAUCUUCUCCCAACUAAAAGCAACAGGGAAGGUUGGAAGUUAGCGAAAGAGAUUCAAACAUUAAUUUUGAAAAUAGUAGAGAAAAGAAAGAGAGAAACGCCUGAUGAAAAGGGCAUUUUACAAAGGAUUUUGGAAGGUGCUAAAGGCAAUGAAUUAGGUAAAGAUGAGUACUCAACAGAUCGCUUUAUUGUAGACAACUGCAAGAAUUUAUGCUUGGCAGGAUUCGAGAGUAUUGCGAUGACAGCAACAUGGACAUUGAUGCUGUUGGCCUUAAAUCCAGAGUGGCUAAACAGAGUUCGUGCGGAGAUUGUUGAAGUUUGUAAAGGUGAAUUGCCAGAUGCAGAUAUGCUUCCAAAGAUGAAAACAUUAACAAUGGUGAUCAAUGAGACACUACGCCUUUACCCUCCUGUCUCGGCCGUCUUCAGAGAGGCAUUCAACGAAAUUAAACUUGGUGAUAUUAUCGUGCCGAAAGGAGUCAAUGUUUUGAUAUUGAUAACGAUACUUCACCAUCACCCCAUUUGGGGACAUGAUGCUGGCAAGUUCAACCCCGAAAGGUUUGCAAAUGGGAUCAGUGGUGCAUGUAAGCAUCCUCAUGUCUACAUUCCCUUUGGUAUUGGACCACAUACAUGUUUGGGACAAUACUUUGCCAUAGCAGAGCUUAAGAUACUCCUUAGUCUUAUAGUAUCAAAUUUCACUUUCUCUAUCUCUCCAAAAUAUAGACAUUCUCCCGUUCUUAAUAUGGUUGUACAGCCUCAACAUGGACUGAAUCUCUUGGUAAAGAGGCUCUAA